AACGGCUGGCGCGAUUCGCACAGGGCAACUUCGCAUCCUUCACAUCCUCUUCCUCUCCAGCCUCCGCCAGACCGCAGAAGUCCCCAAACCCUAGUUUGCUCCGGCGCCGCCUUCCUCCGGUCCGCGCAUCUGCCGCGGACCGCCGUGGAUCCCGCGCCGCCGGCCCGCUUUCACGUCCCGGCUCCCGCCACCCCACAGGUGCGCUUCUGAUUCCGGAGUUCCAAGCUCGCGCGUGAGGUGCCGGAUCAAAGCAAUCGGCCACCAUGCAGGCUAGCGAUAGGUUCAACAUAAACUCUCAGCUUGAGCAUCUUCAAGCUAAAUAUGUCGGUACAGGACACGCUGACUUGACCAGAUUUGAAUGGGCUGUGAACAUCCAGAGGGACAGCUAUGCCUCUUAUAUUGGGCACUAUCCAAUGUUGGCGUACUUUGCCAUUGCUGAGAACGAAUCGAUUGGAAGAGAACGUUACAAUUUCAUGCAGAAAAUGCUGCUUCCUUGUGGCCUCCCUCCCGAGAGAGAUGAAGACUGAGGAGUUGGUGCAUAAUUUCAGUCUUAUUGCGAAGGGAGCAACCGUGGGACUAUGUUAGCAUGCUUUGGAAGGAGACUAGGUUUGCCACCGUGGUACCAUUUGCAACUCAUUUUAGAGCGUUUGGCAUAUGCUUUACUUGUCUAAAAUUAAUCUAUUAUGAUGCACAAAAAAUUCGAAUUUGUAUGAAGUGUUAAGAAAAUGUUGCUGUUGUCUGUAGUAUAUUUGUGGCGUGUUCAAUGAGCGUGGAAGAAAAUGUACUGGCCAGAUUGAUGCCUGCAGUGCCUAUGCAAAUGUUGCGAAUAAUUUGUUUAGGGUAUGCUAA